AUUUUAGAAACAUCCCCAUCUUGUCAGUGCGCUCUUCCAACAUGGCGGCGAUUUGGUUGAAUGUAAUUUUACUGGUGCUGUUUGCCCUUUUUGAUGUCUGGUACUUCGUCAAUGGUUUCGUAACGUGGGCCGUAGCAAGGAUACAGAAAACAAUAAAGAGGAAAGGCGUAUUGGAGGAAGUAGUUACCUAUGGCCUGGUGACCACCACUGAUAUGGAUUUCAUGUGCCACAAGAACAACGCUCGCUUCACUCGGAAGUGUGACUUCGGCAGGUUCCAGUUGUACGAGUCGACAGGACUCUGGGAUAACGUAGUGAAGCUGGGAGGCUCCAUGGUACUGGGAGCCUCUACCAUCCGCUUCCGCAGGUCACUACAGUUCCUGGAGCCUUUCCGAGUCAGAUCUAAGAUUUUAUGCUGGGACGACAAGUCUUUCUAUGUGGAGCAGCGACUGGAGUCUCUGAGGGAUAACUUCAUCUGUGCAAUAGUGUACUGUAAGCAGGCCGUGCUCCGUACCAGUCCUGCCAGGGUGGUGGACGCCACGCGUGGGGAGCCCAUGGACAGCCCAGAGUUCCCCCCAGAGAUCACCUCGUGGAUCGAAAUGAACAGCAUCUCCAGCGAGAACCUUCGCAAGAGUCUAUGACAUGCCACGUGGGUUAGACGGAGUAUACCAUGAGAUUGAAACCAGCUGUAGUCCAUAUAUUUGCCAUCAGGUCUCCCUCUUAUGUACUUACACUGGUAGUACUAGUAGCUAAACUGAAGAAGCUUCUGUUUUUUGCCCAUCUUUAUUACAUAUCAUUUAGUAUUUUUGGAUGGUGUCUGCAACUCUGUAACUUGCCAAUUACAGAGUUCCUCUAACUCUGACUACGUUGUAUUUGGUACCUCAGGGGCUUUAUUUGUGUGACUCAGUGCAGGAGGUUCAAGUGUUAAGAUACUAGUACUCUAUGUAGGGUUGUUGGACCAGCUUAAGCAAAGAUGUAUGUAUACAGAUUGGGUUAUUUGUGUUUGUUAAUUUUUUUUGCAGCCCUGUGGCUGAAUUGUGAAUUUACAUCAAGUUGACCUUCAUGUAAGAGCAGUGCAGACACAUAAGGGCAAUACAAAUAACUGAGUCUACUGUAGUGGAAAAGAUGAAGUUAGCUUCAUGAUCAUGGGGUGAUGGCAAAGUUGUAACAAGUCAGCAUUAAAGCAUUCAUACUGUGCUUUAGGUGUUGGGAAAAUAUGUCCAGUGCAGCCUGCAUCUUGUGCUGUCAUGAUUUAGAAUUACUCAUCCUCGUGCACAUGGUGUGUAAAACCAUGGAGGUAGUUUUACCUCCAUGGUAAAACUAGCUUCUCUAGGCUUUGCUUUAUGAUUAGUAAAAUGAUUUAUGAUUAAUGGAUAUGAUUUCAGAUCAUUGGGAAUCUAACAUUUGGUUUCCUCCAUUCUCAUUAAUUGGCAGUGAUUGUGGUAUACUUGGUCUAAUCCAUAUGACAUGAUAUAUUUAGAUAUCUGGAGUUUUCUUUUUCACAACCAGUUAAAUGACUCUCACCUGCUUACUUUACAAUGCCUAUCUGACAUCUUCCUCAGAGCUUGUGACUGGAAUACUGCUUCUUGCUGCUUUAUGUAGUCGAUGGCACUUUUGCAGUGAGAACAGUCGGAAGCUCUGAGGAAGAUGUCUGAUAGGCACAGAAACAUAAUCAUGUGAGAUAUUUUACUGGAUGUGAAAAAGAAAAGCUCCAAUAUCCUAUGGUCUAACAACCUGAUCAAAUUAU